AUGAAAAUUUUAGUUUUAUUGUUUCUAAUGUUUUUAGGACAAUCAAUACCUGUCUCAUUUAAAGAUUAAUGUUCAUGUUCAAAGUUCCCAAAUGAAACUGCAUGUUUAGAAUAACCCCAUUGUAUAUGGAGUACUACAAUCUGUUCAGAUAGGAGUUGCAGUCAAUAUUAUAAUAAAGAUAAGUGUAAUGCAAUUUCACAUUGUUCAUGGAACAUAUCCAAAUGUGCUGAAUUCACUAAAUGUACUGAUUAUUUUAUGAAUGAUGCUUUUGACUGCUAUAAAAUAGGAAACUAAGAUUUAAAUUAGUUUUGUAUGCCAACAGAAAAUGGAAACUAUUGUACUAAUUAUGAAUUGGCUCCAUGUGGAAAUUUUGAAGAUGAUUGUGCUGGAUUCUAAAGUUAAUGGAAAUUAUGCUAUUGGUACAAAAAUACCUGUAAUAUCAUUGAUAUUCGAUAUUGUGAUGCUUAAAUCAGUGAAGAAUUAUGUUUUAUCUUUGGACAAGGACUAGGAUGUCAAUGGAAAGAUAACAAAUGUUAACCAAUUGCUUGUUCAGAUUUCACUUCAGAAACUACAUGCAUUUUAUAAAGAUAAAAUUUUAUUGAAGAUGGAACUAUUCUUUGUUAAUGGGAUGGAACUAAUUGCAAAGAAGCUAAAGAUGUCUCACAUUUAGAUUAUUCUAACUGUUUAGUUAAUUCAUUUUAUAAUUAUAUCUGGGAUUCAACUAAAAAACUUUGUGUUCCCUGUAAAGAAUACAAUCCACCAUCAUCAACUCCAUGA